AAGCAAUCGAAGUUGCCGAGCACUUUCGCUUCAAAAGUACAUCAAAAAAAAAAAAAAACCAAAAACCCAACCUUUCCUUCGUCUGAUUCGAUUCGGAGGCCUCAGCUCCUGCUCUCCACAAGUUCGCCACUCAGGCAUCAUGGAGAACGACCGACGGAGCCACUCGCGCCACGCCUUCGCACGCCGCCGGCCCACCCUUCCGCCUCUCUAUGACGCGUGUCUUGGUAUGGAAGAGUUUCAUGGAGCGGCAGAGGACGACUACGACUCCUUGACGGAGUUCCCUUGCCCCUUCUGCUCUGAGGCAUUCGAUGUCAUAAGCUUGUGCCUUCAUAUUGACAAGAAGCACCCAUGGGAGCAUACGAAAGGGGCAUGCCCUAUUUGCCAAACUAGGAUUGAAUUUGACAUGGUUGACCACAUAGAAGUGCAACACGGGGACUACUUUAAGAAGAGUAGAGUCUACAAAGGUUCUUCGGACUUCAACUCCAUGCUGAGAAAGUUGUGUGAUAGCAGUGAUCAAACUUUUCUCGAGGAAUCAUCUUGCCUAAAUUUUCCUUCCAACACAGCACCUGAUCCAUUGUUGUCAAGAUUUAUUGGCAAUUUCCCCAUGACUGAUCCAUUGGAAGUUACACCGUUGGAAUCUUCAAACCGAGAAACUAUGGCUGAUAAAUUAUCAGAUGAAAAAGCAGUUGAAAGUGCUGAGCCAUCUUCUUCAUUCGAGGAUGAGGAACAGGUUCGGAGGACUGAGUUCCUGCAAGGCCUUGUUAUUUCUACAAUCUUUGAUAACUUCUUUUGAGGGAGAAUUUGGCUGUUCAUGUUGGCAUCAGCUACCGCAAGACAUUGUUGAGCAUCUCUGAUUCUUGUGUCUUCAUUGACAUCAGAUAAGAACUUGUUUUGUAUGUAACAUAUUGAUAGGCAACAGGGCUGUCUCAACUAUUUUUGAGGUUUAGACAGAAAAAACAUUAUGGACUCAAUAUGUUUUUUUAAAAUAAAUAUUAUUUUUUAAA